UAAGGCAGCUCACAUCUAGAAUUAGAUGAUUUAGGCUACUUCCCACACACACUGGCAUUUUAUCAAACCUAAAACAUGCAUCAUCAUUACUGUGGUGAUGACCGUUGUGCAUAUUUACCCGAAUCUUAACAUUUAGGCUAGUGAUGAAUUAGAUCAACAACAAAAAAAGAUCAGCAGCGUUGCCUCACUUGGAGCGGCCCCCAUCAUUGCGCUAAAUGGUGCGGUCUGGUCUGGUUUGUGUGUCAUGGAAAAACAGGCCACUGAUGCAUUGCACUGUGGCCCAGGGGCCAGUGGCAGUCCACAUGACUGGAUUGGUUCAUGUCAAGUAUUUAUGUCACAGGGGGAAAUACUUUUUCGACCUCGACCUAUUCCAUAUGGUUAUCUUCAACUUUAUGGUAAUGAGAAAAGGGGAGAGGGUGUGUGUGGAAGUGCUAUACAAGGUGUAUCUGACAUGUAGAAUUUCCCCAAAAUAAUUGUAUUGGGGAUUACUAGCCUGUAUUUAAUCAUUCAUACAGUAACUGUUCAGUUCUCAUGGACCACUGUCCAAAACCUACAAGACAGCAUAUCUGUUAUGUAAUUGAAUUUAAUUCAGUUGCAGCAAGGCAACACACAUGUGCUUCGCUUCAUAACUAAUGGAAGACUGCGUAUGCCAUUCACGCAUGAGAGAAUCUGCUCAGGGUAAUCCAGCGUGAACUAUCAUAAUGCUGUAAUGCUGCAGCUUUAAGGGAGAAUUCUGCCCUAACAAUCCCAUCAUCAGAACACGAGAUAAUACAACAGAAAUUACUCAUUAAUUGAAUAGCCUGGGGCUAGAAUUUACUGUAAACUACAGUACAUGAUUAAUGCAUAUUAUUGGCAAAGCCUUGUUUUGGACAGGUGCUUGAGUGAUGGCUAGUAGGCCAUUUGAUUUCAUAGUGUGACGUUCAAAGUUGGUGCUAGUAUUUAUAGGCCUGAAAAUGUAUUUUUGUCUCAUCUGCUGCUCAAAUGGUUGGGGAAAGUUACAUGUGUUGUACAGUAGUGUUCCACAAACAGCUCAUUGCUUCGAUGUCCUGCAUCAUUGUUGUUACCAUUGUGCAGCUAGGUGAAGGAGCAGGAGAAAUGCUGACUUCCAACAGGUUUUCAAAUUUUUUUGUGCCCAUUUUCUUAGCGAAGCAUCAGUAGUGCACCAGCACAGCCACUUAUCGGUUCCUAGCUGUUCACGAUUGAUCCCUCUUUGCUUUCUGAUGCAGUGGCCCGGAAUGUGAUGUUAUUUCAUUACUGAGGCAGAAGAGACGAGCUGGGUCCCAGCCCUGGGGGCAUCUCUCUCUCCCUGACUUGGACAGGACCACAGUACGUGAUAACAGCUGAAUGGUUCAGGCAGGCUAGCUCAGUUAGUUGCCUAUGGUAACUCUUGCUGGAGCGUGGAACAGACAGAGACUCUGGACUCUGGAGAAAGGAGUGAAGGAGUAAAUAUCCAGUAGAGCUGGUGAAAGGGUCGGUUUGGAGAGAGAGAGGAGGAGAGGAGAGGAAAACGAGGGCUGUUUCAAGGCCUGUCAUUAGCUAUGGACCCAGAUGACAAUGAACUUGGAGUGUUCACCGUCAUUCACCACAGGACCAAGUCAUCAGGCUGGCCACCUCCUUCUGGCACCUGGAGCGCCGCACAUGGACCCCCCAAUGGAUGGGACAUGGCCACCAAUAGAGACGGACGAGACUGCUACAUCAACCACGUGUCCCAAAGCAGCUCCCUGGAGGAGGUUCGUCUGGACGGGGACAAGUUUGUACCUCCAGCCCCCCGCAAGGUGGAGAUGAGACGAGAUCCAGUCCUGGGCUUUGGCUUUGUGGCAGGCAGUGAGAAACCUGUGGUGGUCCGGUCAGUCACACCAGGAGGUCCCUCUGAGGGCAGACUGACCCCAGGAGACGAGAUCGUCAUGAUUAACGAUGAGCCGGUUAGCUCCGCCCCCAGAGAGAGGGUCAUCGACCUCGUCAGGAGCUGCAAGGAAUCCAUUGUUUUGACAGUGGUUCAACCGUACCCAUCUCCCAAAUCUGCGUUCAUCAGUGCAGCCAAGAAGGCCAAGUUAAAGUCUAAUCCAGUGAAAGUCCGCUUUGCAGAGGAGGUCAUCAUUAAUGGACAGGUCCCAGAAUCUGUGAAGGACAACUCUCUACUCUUCAUGCCAAAUGUUCUGAAGGUGUACCUGGAGAACGGACAGACCAAAUCCUUCAAGUUUGACAGUAACACAUCCAUUAAGGAUGUCAUCUUGACCCUGCAAGAGAAGCUCUCCGUUAAGAGUAUUGAACACUUCUCGCUGAUGCUGGAGCACAGAAACGAGGGCUCGGCCAGCAAACUCAUGAUUCUCCACGAGCAGGAGAUGUUAACUCAGGUGACACAGAGACCAGGGGCACACAAGAUGAAAUGCUUCUUCCGCAUCAGCUUUGUCCCAAAGGACCCCGUUGACCUGCUCAGGAGAGAUGCAGUGGCGUUUGAAUACCUCUAUGUUCAGAGCUGUAAUGACGUGGUGCUGGAGCGAUUUGGGUCAGAGCUGAAAUACGACACGGCCCUGCGUCUGGCUGCCCUGCAGAUGUACAUCCUCACCAUCAACACCAAGCAGUCACAGAAAGUCUCGCUCAAAUACAUUGAGAAGGAGUGGGGUUUGGCACUGUUUCUCCCUCCUGCAGUACUGUCCAGCAUGAAAGAGAAGAACAUCAAGAAAGCCCUAACACACAUUCUCAAAACCAACCAGAAUCUGGUACCUCCUGGAAAAAAGCUGUCAGCAUUACAGGCCAAAGUCCACUAUCUGAAGUAUCUCAGUGACCUGCGACUGUACGGAGGACGGGUUUUCAAAUCUAUACUGCUGCAAGGAGAGAAGCACACAGAGGUAACCCUGCUAGUUGGUCCAAGGUAUGGCAUCAGUCAUGUGAUCAACACCAAGACUAACCUGGUGGCGCUGCUGGCGGACUUCAGCCACGUCAACCGCAUCGAGAUGUACACAGAGGACGAGAAGAACGUCAGGGUAGAGCUACAUGUUCUGGAUGUCAAGCCCAUCACUCUGCUAAUGGAGUCCACUGAUGCGAUGAAUCUGGCCUGUUUGACUGCUGGAUACUACAGACUACUAGUGGACUCUCGCCGUUCCAUCUUCAACAUGGCAAAAACAGGGAAUGCAGACACCGGCCAUGACUGCAGAGUAAAGCAGAACUAUCAAGCUAUAGAGUGGGCGUACAGCACCUCCUUUAGAGGGUGUGAGGAGCACCACAACAACCAGCGCUGUACGUCCAGGGAGCCCUCCUCCAACAGAGACUCAGACUGCAUGGACCAUGGGAUGAGUGAGAGUGACAUGUCCCCUGUCUAUAUCACUGAGAUCCAGCAGCCGCCCCAGAACAACAUGCACAUGGCAGAGAGGGUAGAUACCAGAGGGGGGACCAGAGGCCCAACACACCCCCAGCCCUACCUCUGUGCCCCCAGACCCAAAGCCCAGGAAUCCCCCCGCAGUGCCAAGGUCUCCUUCAUCUUCGGGGAUCCACCGUUAGACAGUGUGAACCCCCAGAACCUUGGCUACCAGAGGCUGAUGGAUGAAGUCCCAGAGGUUCUACACGACCACAGCCCCAUGUAUGAGCGACUAGAGGAGGACUACAAGAGCAAGGAUCCCAUGGGGAUGGACGGGGAGGGCUAUCCGUACGGCGCCAAAAUCUUCGGCAACACCGAGUGCAUUGAGGAGCCGCUGCUGCACGACAUCUGCUACGCCGACACCACGGACGCCGACGAGGACGAGGAUGACAUCAGCUGCGAGGAGGACAUGGGGCUGAUGGGGGAUCUGGACAAGGCCACCUUCCUCUCGUUCUCUGGGUCCAGCGAUGACAUCAUCGACCUGACCUCCCUGCCCCCGCCGCCAGAGGGUAAAGACGAGGAGGAUAACGAGGAUGUAUUGCUUCACUCCCUCAACCUGGCCAUCGCAGCCCCGCCCCCAGGCUUUAGGGACAGCUUUGAUGAGGAUGAGCAGCACGGAGGGGCCCAGGGGCAUGUCAGAAAGGGCCAGGGGACCCGUGACGAUAUCCCUGUAUCCCUCAUAGACUCAGUCCCCACACAGGGGGAGGAGGGCCCAGAGAUGGAGGGAGCCCUGGACGAUGCUGUGGUGUCCACCUUACAGGCACUGGAGGCCCUUGCGGCUUCUGAGGAGCAGAGCCCACACCCACAGUCAGAAAAUAGCACAGGUGUAGAAAUAUCAAGGGCCUUUAGCCCCGAGUCCUCAUCGGACUCUGGCAACGAGACUAACUCCUCAGAGAUGACGGAGAGUUCAGAGCUGGUCGCUGCCCAGAAACUCUCUGAAACCCAUUUGAGACUGUAUGUGGCCACUGCUGAGGGCUACCACACUCUGACUGAGGAGAAAACAGAGUUUCCCAAAACACCUUGUGAAGGAAAGGUAGCCCUGGCCAUACAGCAGAACCCUCAGGAGACCUGGGAGGGGGGGGAGGAGGAGGGGGCCAAGUCCUCAGCUGUGUCCUCCACCCAGAUCCUCCACUCAGAUGGGGGAGAGAUGGAGCCAGAGACCAUGGAGACCAAGUCCCUCACCAACUAUUUCAACAAACUGCACAUGGGCUCUGUGAUGAGAAAGCAGCCGGGGAAGCUGAGUGACACGGAAUGCAGGAUUCAGGGAGAUAACGAUGACUCAACAGAAAAACGACACAGCAACAUCCAGAACUCAAAUAGAGGGGAUCCACCCAAAUAUAAUUCAGACCCACCCAAAUAUAAUGCUAUUCUAAGGGAACCUCCAUACAUGAACCAAUUUGAAUUGGGGCGAACACCCUAUCCGUAUCGAGAGAAGCCCCCAAGAUAUCACCGACCUCCUGAAAACAAAAUGGCGGACAAUCUUUCCCCAGACUGUGUGAGUGAUUCACAAGCCUCGCACUCUGAUAGGGGAACAAUUAAGGGAGACAAGCAGGACUCAAAUGAGAGAAGCCUGCAAUUAGACUCUCAUUCCCGCUCCCCCGCCAAAGUCCCCCACAGUACUGAGGAAGCCAAUUUACCCAGCAGCGACCCACAGCAGCAGCAGACGAGGGUUCCCUCGGCCGAGCAGGAUGUCACACGGUUACACGAGUAUCACCUGAGUAAGCGCAUGUCAUUGUUACAGGGAAGCGAGGGCGUCCACUCCCUCCAGAGCUCCCAGUGCUCCUCUAUAGAUGCUGGCUGCAGUUCAGGAAGCAGUAGCUGUGUCACUCCCAUGGACUCUCCUCUCUGCACUGGAGAAAACAUGCACCUGCUCUCAGAGUCUUCCCUCAAGGGGCUGGGCUAUAUUAGUGGGGAGGAGAAGGCCUAUGGCACCCAAGGCCAGGGGACACAGCAGGGCAAGGCUAGACAUCAGACCAUAGACCCCACCCUGCUGAGGAAGAUCCACGCAGCCACCAGUGCCGAGCCUGGAUUCGGUACCAUACGAGGAGAUGGCUGCCACCGGAUGCCUAAGAUAAAAGAAACCACAGUGUAGCUUGCACCCAGCUCGAGACGGCUGCAGGGGAAGACUACUCCUCUGCUCUCUCCAACGAGGUCAACGCAGCCGCCACCACCACC